AGGACCAAGAGUCCAUAGCCUCGGGCAGGAGAACAGGGAAGGAGGGUGAAGCUCAACAAUAACACGCUUCAGAGCUGUGUCUGGAAGCCAGUAAGUGUCUGAAGAUCUGCUAAUUCAGGCUGGGAAGAAGCCCUGGUCAGCCCUUGCCUGGCUUACCUGGUGUAAGUGCUGCAACUCACCACUUCUCACCCCCACGGGCUGCUUUUAGUACAGGAACUGAAGGCUGCCCCAUCCCCCAGCUCCUGCCCACAGGAAGUUCCUCUUUGCUGGGAACAUGGACAUCAGAGAAUACUUUGCAAGGAUUGGCUAUAACCAUUCCGGUGAGAAGUCGGACUUGGAGACUUUAAUUGAAGUGAUGCUGCAUCAUGUCCAAGCUGUGCCUUUUGAGAACUUGGACAUUCACUGUGGAAUACCCAUAUCACUGAGCUUAGAGGCUGUGUAUGACAAGAUUGUGAGGAGGAAGAGGGGUGGGUGGUGUCUAGAAGUCAAUCACCUUCUCUUUUGGGUCUUGACCACAAUGGGCUAUGACACUACAAUUUUAGGGGGAUAUGUUUACAAUACCAUAAAGAGGCAGUAUAGCACUAUGAUUCACCUGCUCCUAAAGGUCACAAUAGGUGAGAAGGCCUAUAUAGUGGAUGGUGCGUUUGGCAGGUCUCAUCAAAUAUGGCAGCCAAUGGAACUGGUUUCUGGAAAGGACCAACCUCAGACUCCUUGCAUCUUCCGCUUGAAAGAAGAUAAUGGAAUCUGGUUGGACCAACUAAGACGGAAACAAUUCAUUCCAAACCCAGAAUUUCAAAACUCCGAUCUCUUGGAAAAAAAUGAAUUCCGUCAUAUCUACUCUUUUACUCUCCAGCCACGAACAAUAGAAGAAUUUGAAUCUGCAAAUAUCUACCUUCAGACUUCUCCUAAGUCUGUGUUUACAAGCAAGUCUUUCUGUUCUCUGCAGACAGUAGAUGGAAUUUACUGUUUAGUUGGCUGGACUCUUAGUCACAGAAGAUUCAAUUACAAGGAAAACAUGGAUUUGGUGGAGUUUAAGAUUCUGGAGUAUGAAGAUAUUGAGAAGAUCCUGAAGGAUAUAUUCAAUAUCUGCCUUGAGAAAAAGCUUGUCCCAAAGCAUGGUGACAGAUUUUUUACCAUUUAGUAAGGGAAAAUCUAUAGAGUAGCAAUUGGGGUUAGGAAAUAGAUGCACCAUGACAGUGAAGUUUUCAACACAUUAUUUUACUGAUAAAUUUUGUAUGUUAUAUUUUGAGGUUUAAAAACACUUCACAAAAAAAAAC